AUGCAUGCCAUGUUCAAGUCGCUUUUCCAGAAGACGUCCCUUUCCAAUGCUUUACUGAAAGUACGAAAGCGCGUGUCAAGAGACUUGAUGAAAAAGGUCUGUCUGAUGUUCUGCGACCAACAACUCAUCACCGGCGCCUCAGUCCUCAUUGUAGGUUACUCGAAACACUGCGACAUUACUCAGUAUCACUUUUACAUCGCCGCCAAUCUAGGUAUGGCCUGUUUUGCAACAUUUCAAGCCUUGUUGCCUAUUUGCGGUAGCGAGCUUCAUGAUGAGCUGAGAAAGGGAUGGAGAAUGGCCUGGAUAUCUGCCAUUUUUGCCUGCGUCUUGGCCCUCAACUUCGUCAUCUACAACGACUACUUCCUUGCUACGAAACAUUUUGGCCUUUCUAUGUAUUGCGUCUGGAAGGAACUCCCAGGAUACUUUACGCCCCAACUAAUGCCAUACGUUGUUAUCGGCACUCUGUUCGACGUUUGGUCGUAUCUUAGCAUCAUCAUGUAUCUAUAUCCAACAAUCAUGGAAACGCGGCCUUUGGCAUAUUUAUACAGCAGAUGGCUUUCCUUCAUGAUGCUACCGACAUGGUUUUAUCUCCUAGUCAAAGAUAAGAAGGUAUCAAGGAAACCCGAAUUCCUCUGGCAUCUACUGGAAGCUUUCGUGGGGCUGGUAUUCGUUAUUGUUUUUACGAUUCGCGAGCUUUUUGGGUCCUUAUCCGUUGAUCUUGUACGAGUCUUUUUCUAUCUCAUUCAAAGUACAAACUCGGUGGCUUGGGCACGACGAAAGGCUGAGAUCAACGGAAGAAAAGGAUCUGAAGAUACAUGGGGCUUCGGCCAGAUCUUGCCCAUGUUACUACUGGCGCUCCCAACACUCGCAUUUAUCGAGGCUCUCGUCCAUCGCGAAGCAACAAACACCCAAGAAUUAACAGGCAGCACUACUCCAGUCCUUCCCAAUUUUAAGACGCUGUGGAAUCAAUCCUGCCAAGAUAGGAUAAAUGAGUAUGAAGACUCGAUGUAUAGCAAAGUACUAUUCAAGAUCUGGCUAUGCUUGGUGAUGCUAUCACUGCAUGUAGCUAUAGUGUUCCUUGCUUUUCGGUUACCUGAAGGUGUUCCCAUCUAG